AUGAAAGAGAUUGUGCUACAAGGAGAACCAGGCAAAGCCGUCCUGGAGCACGACCGACCUUACCCCCAACCACGAUCUGGCUAUGUUUUGGUGGACUUAAAAGCGGUGGCGCUCAACCCGACGGACUGGAAACACAUCGACUACCUCAACGAGGAGCAAGGAACGCUUUCAGGGUUCGGCGACCGGAUCUGGGGCUUCGCACAGGGCGCCAACAAGUUGCAGCACGAAGACGGAGCUUUUGCCGAGAGGAUCGCGGUCAAAGCAGACAUCGCCGUGCGUGUUCCAGAUGACAUGUUACUACCGUCGUUGAGCAUGUUCACCAAGUAG